AUGCUUCCCGUCUCCAACCUCCCGCAGCAGACUGCCCCCGCCGCCGGGCCAUCCCUCAGCCCUGAAUCUGACGGUCCACAAAAGCCAAAGAGAGCGAGGACAAGCAAGCCCAAGGUCAAAACCGGAUGCCACAAUUGCAAACAUCGCAGAAUCAAGUGCGACGAGAAGCGCCCUGCCUGUACUCAAUGCGUUCGUUCUCGCAAAGAAUGCGCCGGCUAUCCGGCUCCUCCAAGAAGCGCCAGGUCUCAUGAAGUCCUCGCGAUUGCACCAAAACCCCUCGCUGCCGCGCCCACGCCGAUAGCCUCGGCGCAACAUGGCACCGAUAUUGCCCCACGAAGAAGGCAGAAGAUCCGGGAACGCGAGCGGCAGCACCUGACACCACCACAGACGCCAUUGCCAUCUAUCAAUGCCAUCGCCCCCAUCUCCAUCUAUCGUCCAUCAGCCAAUCUCCCCCUGGCCACGCACGAGGGACUGUACUUCCAGCUCUUCCGAACACACACCGCCAAUGAGUUAUCGGGGUACUUUGAUUCCGUCUUUUGGACGCGAACGGUCUUGCAAGAGUGUCAUUCCGACAAUGCCAUCCGCCACGCUGUCGUAGCCCUCGGCGCUCUCUACAAGACUCUGGAGCAGACAUCCGAAUCGCCACCAGGUUCACCCUCGAAUAACGACAACCUCAGUGCCUUUGAUAGUGCCAUGCGACACUGGGAGGUUGCCAUACGGCAGUACUCGGAAGCUAUCAAUGCGCUCGUUCACAUGGACAACCAGGAUCAGAGGUCGAACCGAGGACGUCUCAUGGCCAGCGUUCUCCUCGCUUGUUUUGAUUCCUUUGUUGGUGACCACAAGCAAGCCAUCGUGCAAAUCCAGAACGGUCUGGGCUUGCUGGAGAAGCUCCGGGCAGAGCGACGCCAGUCCUUUUACGUUGGAUCCGAAGAACCUGUGGAACAAGAGCUCAUCACCAUGUUUACGCGACUCGCGAUUCAAGCCAAGUCUUACGACAUGGCAUUCCACUUCCCGCAGCCCUUCUCGAGAAGAUGUUGCGGUUCACAGAGACGCUGUUCAGCUACUCGCAAGCCAGCGGAGCCAACAAUCCAAUGGGUAUCCUUCCGAAAUCUCUCCAGCAGUAUGGCCUGA